AUGGCCGAGGCCGUGAUAAGGGACGCCAUUGAGCUGCCCUGCUUCGACAGGGCCCAACGGCUUCUCCUCAACUUAGGUUACCUUUGCCUCGCGCUUCCACCGUCGGGCGUGUUCACGAAGCUCACUGUGAUGGUUCUGAGCCACGUCCGCUUCCAAGGCGCCUCCGACAUUGGCGACACCUUCUCGUCGUCCCGCUGCCCUUCUCUGCGGCUACUCUCUCUCGAAUAUGCUCAAGGGGUGUCCCAUCUUUCAAUCUGUUCAGAGUCUCUCCUCGGUAUAUAUUUGCAUAUUCUGUAUGGGUUGCAGCAGCUCACCGUUGUGUCACCAAUGCUGAGAGAACUGCGUAUCUGGUGCUUCAAGAGUCAACCGGUGGCUGACAUCACCGCUCCGGUUCUGGAAAAGCUUUGGUGGGUUGCUGCAUAUGAUCCAAGGUCGGUCCAGCUAGGCAAACUGGCACAGCUACGUGAAUUGGCGACAUCCUUCUUUGCAUAUACAUCGUAUGGAUUGCCUGAGCAUCAGUACAAUUUGGGCAAUGCAAUGUUAUUGCAGCGCUAUAGGAAGAUCGCUGAUCUUCGAAUUACGAUCGAUUAUCCAACUAGCAUGGUUCACAUAGAGUACUUGAUGGAAGCUCUGACUUUGCCCCCGGUUAAGAACUUACACCUGUUCUUAGUAACAUAUGGACAUCAUAUUGGCUCUUGCGUAUUCUAUUUCCUUAAGAUUUCUACCAGUAUAAGAAGGCUGUUUCUGAAUAUACAGGAAGUCAUUAAGGAAAAAACUUCUUGUUUGCCGGGUUGUUUCUGUCAUGGGGAGAAAGUCUGGGAAACUGAGGAGCUUUUCCUGAAUUCUCUCCAGGAAUUGUACAUUUGUGGAUUUAACGGAUCAGAUUAUGAUUUUGCAUUUGUGAAACGUCUACUGGGAUGGGCAAGAAUGCUCAAAUCAGUUCAUAUAAAGUUUGAUCCUCAAGAAACCUCAAGAAACUGUCGAUGA